CCAACACCGGUGAGGGAGACUGUGAGUCUCAAUAACACUAAAAUCCAUCCAUCAUCUAUUGCUAUGGCUCCCUCUAACUAUCAACAAAACAAGCAUUCUCCUUCUAGUUCUACUGUCAUCCGUUUCUUUAAGAUUAUCGUCAGAGAAAGUCUUCAAGAUGAAAACUUUAUGUUACCAAAAAAGUUCACCAGAAAAUAUGGUUCUGGCCUAUCAAACCCACUAUAUCUUAAGCCUCCAGAUGGAACUGAAUGGAGAGUAGAUUGGACCAAUCGUAAUGGUAGAACUUUGUUUAAAAGAGGUUGGAAAGAGUUUGUUGCAUAUUACUCUCUUGAUCAUGGCCAUGUGUUAUGGUUUGAGUAUAAUAUUGGAACUUCUCACAUUGAAGUAGAAAUAUUUGACAUGAGUUGCCUCGAAAUAGAGUAUCCUGCCAAUGAUCAGAUCAAAAAGCACCCGCCACAACACAGGGGCCAGUCGGUGAAAAGGCCAAAAGAACAACAAACUAGAGACGUGGAUAACAGUCCCAACACUCAAAACAUGAGACUUAACGAGGGACGGCAGAAGAAAAGAUUAAAUGAACCACUGUCAGGAGGAGUCCGGGGCCAACCGAGGAAAAAACUGAGAGCACCAGUAUCAUCUGCUUCUAAAGGUAGACAGUUGGAAAAUGACGCACAAAUCAGGAAAGGUAUUAAAUCUGAAAAGAAAAACCAUAAGAUGACAGUGUCUGUCAAUCAAGAUUCUAAUGGUAAAAGUAAUAGAAGAAGAAAAGAUUCUGAAUCUUCUGUUAGGCCCUAUCCUGCAAAACCUGAAUCUCUGAAAGAAGCUAACAAGUUCAAGUGGGAAAAGCCCUCUUUCAUCAUCAAGAUAAAGCAACUGUCUCAAACAAAAGCACCAUGUUACUUUUCAACUAAAUUCUUCCGGAAGUAUUUUGAAAAUAAUCCACAAAAUGCAAAUAUAAGGUUUGGAAAGAAGUUGUUCCCUGUUAAGUUGAUCUAUAGGCCAUCAUCAUGUAAUGCCUUUAUCUCUGCUGGUUGGAACUUUUUUGCUCGAGCUAGUAAAUUACAAGCCGGAGAUGUUUGUUUGUUUAAGCUCGUCAACAGAAAAGAUCCCGUGCUUGAUGUUCAUAUUUGUCGUCGACAACGUCGCGAGUCACUUUCCAAACCAGUGACUCGUGGAAUUCAGCUCCUGAAAGAAGUUAAGGAGCUCAAUUCACAGAAUCCCUCUUUCAUGGUUAAGAUAAAAGACAGUGAUCCAAGAAGAUCAAGGCCUAAUUUAUCAGCUAUCUUCUACAGAAAAUAUUUUAAAAAGAAUCAGCAGAAUGUAAAGUUACAGUUCGGAAAGGAGAUGUGGCCUGUUACGAUAAUCUACAAUCCGUCGUCAAGAAACACCUUUAUUUCGGCUGGUUGGAGCUCUUUUGCUAGAGCAAGUAAAUUAGAAACUGGAGAUGUUUGUGUUUUUGAGCUCAUCAAUGAAAAAGAUCUAUUUAAUGUUCAUAUCUGUAGAGUUCAAUGCUAGGCUAAUGUAUUAUAACUUCAGAAACUAAGAGAUCUUAAUUCUUAGACAAGUUAAGUUUGUGAAGAAUGUAUCAGCUUUCUUUUGUUGAAUCAAACUUCUACUGUAUCCUAUAUUCCUAUCCUUUUUGGUGUCACCAGUUUUUAUAUAUAUAUAUAUGAACUAAGUGUUUUAAUUUUA